GGCCCCGCUGACAAAGCGAAGAGCUGGGGCACGGCGGCGAGCACGGCGCGGGCCUGCCGGCGCCAGGACUUCGGCGUGGCGUGGGGCUUCGGCAGGCUAGGCCGAGAGAAGACCGGCCGUGCGCGCUGCGCUGGCUGCGGCAUGCUGGGCUUGCGGGCCCUUUCCCGGUCUAGACCUGAACAUCCCGGGGAUAAGCCCCGUUGGAUGCCGCAGGGCCCUGGCCCACAGACAGGCUGCUGUGCCCGCCAGGCUUCAGAUUCCUUUGCACGAUGCAAAGAUGCUGGACACACCAGACAUGCUGCCCUCCUUUCCAGCGCCUGGAAGAAACUCGAACCCUUAUUAAUUUUUGUAUGGAGCUGUCGCAUGGGCGGGCAAUCAAUCAACCAACCAACCAACAAACAAACCCUGCUUGACUGGGCAGAAGCUAUCCAGUUGCCUUCAGCGGGGCCUGCUUCUGUGUGUAGGAAAGGUCCGUGACUGAUCCAGGAUAAAGUUCCUGUGAUCUUCCUCUUAAGGGUGCAUACUUGGGAGUAAGUUCUGCUGAACUUGUACAUCUGUGGGAUGUACAUAGUGGAAGACUGUGAGCACUCAUGUACACAAACCUGCACACAGAGUGCAAUCAGCCGGAGUUUAUUUCUCAGAGAUAACACACAAUAAUACCAUGGACUGUUGCUGAAGAUGGCUUUUCCACCUGCUGCCUCAAGAGGCUCCACCAGAAAACGCUGCUUUGCAUUGUACCACAGAGGAAGAAGACUGUUUAUGCGAUGGAGAAAAGGGCCAAGGGCAGUUUGAAGUAUCCAAAGACACAGGAAUUACUUGGCUUGAGCAAAGGUGCCACCGGGAAACGUGCGCCCUGUUGUCCUGCUGGAGAUCGGGGCCAGGCUGCACCUCGCAGGACGUCCUGUCAUGCUACUUACACCUGGAGGCGAGGUGGACGAUUGAAAGAACUCCGUAUCAGACACCUGGCCAGAAAAUUCCUUUACUUGUGGAUGAAGAGAACAUUUGGGACAGUCCUUCCCUCCAGUGCCAGGUGUCAUUAUGAACGAAGGACACUGCAGAAAACCUUUCGAGAGUGGAAGGAGGAAUGGUGGGUCUCCUGCAGAGAAUGGAAACUCACCAUCAGGGCUGACUGCCAUUACAGGUACUUCCUGUGUAACACGGUAUUUCUGGCUUGGAGGUCCCAUGUGCUCCAGCAGCAGGAGAAGAAGACGAUAUCCAGCAUCGCAGAGGCACACGUGAGAGCAGUGAAAGGCCGCUGGGCAUGGUGCCGCUGGCUGAGCUGCAUGGAGCUGCGUCGGAUGAAGCGUGGGAUGCUGCUGGAGGCGCUCCAGUUCAGGGAGCAGAGCAGCCUGCGCCUGUCAUGGAGAUUGUGGAGGAAGAGAUGGAGCCAGAAUCAGGCCGACUGCGAGAGGGACAGGCAGGCCCUGCAGCACUGGGCACACAGCCUGCAGCGCUGGGCCUGGCUGCAAUGGAAGGCACUCUGUGUGGGCAUCCAGAGGGGGAGGAAGGAGGAGGCCAGGGCAGUGAGGCAUGGCCAGCGCAGGGAGCUGAGGAAGUGCCUGAGAUCCUGGCACGUCUGCGUGCAGCUCCAGCGGGUGAAGAAGCACCACUGUGAGCUGGCUUUGCAGCAUCGCCGCAUCUGCAUGCUCCUCCGGGGUUUCUCUGUGUGGCGGCUCACCUGGGAACGCAGUCAGCGAUGGCACCAGCACCGGGAGCGUCUGCUUCAGCUGGCAGCACGGGUUGCCUUGCGGAGGAUUUUCGCACGCUGGAAGUGCUAUCUGGUACUGUGUGCCGAGGCGGCUGGGAGGGAUGCGCGUGCAGAGGAGCACUGCAAGCACCGCCUGCUGAGCUGGCCAGCGAGGCGGGCUGUGAGGACACAGCUGAGGCCGGCUCGGGCGGCUCUCGGCUUCAGGCUGCCUGCUCCUCCGCCUCUGCAGCACCGUGGCUUCCGUGCCUUCCAGAGGAACGCGACGAGCGCCUCUGCCAAGAGAUCACAAAGGAGCUUGGCUCAGCAGCAGCGCAGGAUCACGCUCUUGCACAGGUUCUGGAACGGUUGGAAGUCCCGUUUGGAGCAGGAGGAAGAGAAGCAGCACCCAUCUCUGGCACUGGCAGCUCAUUCCCACUACAGGAUGGGGCUGCUGCGUAAGUGCCUCAGGACCUGGCUAUGCUGCGCCAGCCUGGCGAGGCAUGGGAAGCUGCAGUGUGCCAGAGCGGAGCAGCACCACAUGCGGGCCACCCUGCUGGCUGCCUUCCGGGCCUGGAGGCUCUUCAGCGAUCAUCAGCGCCGCUGUAGAGUGAUGGCGAGGAUGGCCGAGAGCUUCCAGAGGGCGACGUGGACAAGACGCACCUUCGGAAGGUGGCAGCGAAGGGGGCGGGAGCAGCGGGAGAACCGGCUGGCGGAGGAAAAGGCUGUGGUACACUCAGAGCAGCAGCUGCUGUCCCAGUUCUGGUGCUUAUGGCACAGGAGGACGGCAGCACGCCUGGCAGAGCAGGAGGGGCUCUCCUUGGCCACGGAGCAUCACAGCCACCAAGUCCUGCAGAAGAUGCUCCAACUCUGGAGCAAGAAUGUUCAGAGCAUCAAGGCAGAGAGGAUGGAGGAGGCAGAGGCUUCGCGGUUCCACUCUGCCCAGCUCCUGCGGUGCUCAUGGGGCAAGUGGCAGCAGUACUUACGACACCGAUCCAAGAAGUGGGAAAAACUAGUGAGAGCCGAGGUGCACUACCAGCAGAUAUUGCUGCGCAGGGCCAUGUCAGGCUGGAAGGGCUACCAGGAAAACGUUCGGCACCUUCUGCUUCAAGUGGCUGCCAAGGAGCAGGAGCAGCACCGGGCGCUGUUGCGGCGGGCGUUGCGCACCUGGAGAGGGAAUGCUGCCAAUUCCAGGCGGGAAGCCCAGCAGGCCGCCCUGGCCACGCAGCACCAUGCGAGGGCCUUUCUCUUGAAGGUGGUGCUCAAGUGGAGAGACGCAGCCUCCCUGUGCGCCCGCUGCCGACAGCAGGAAGCAGCCGCUGUGGAGGAUGCCAAGCAGCACUUGCACGCAGUGAGGCGGCGGGCGGUGUUUCUUCGCUGGCGGGCGGCUUCCCUGCGUGCCCGGCAGGAGCGGGACCUGCUUGCUGCUGCGGCAGAGCAUCAUGGGUGGCGGCUGCUGCGUGAGGCUCUGGCCAGGUGGAGACAGGAUCACCUCCGCGGGGCGAGGCGCACGCUCCUGCGCCGGCAAGGCAGCUGGCUGCUGGCCCGGAGGCUUCUGAGCACCCACUUCUCCUGCUGGAAGGCCCAGCUGGCGCGCAGGCAGCAGGAGCGGCGGGAGGCCGUGCGGGCGCUGUGCCACUGGUCCCAGUCACUGCAGGCACGGGUCUUUGACGCUUGGCUGUGGUUUGUCCGGGAGCAGCGGCGGAAGAAGCGCCGCCUCGAGGGCGCGGUAGCAGCUUACCGGGGAGACCUGCUGCGGGACGGGGUGGCUCGCAUCUUGAGAUACAUGUCCGGGAUGGCGCAGUUCCGAGGUCAACUGCGAGCCCAGCACCAGCUGAAGGUCGCCUGCCGCCAUCAGCAGGCAGUCGCUCGCUGCGCCCAGCGCUGGAAGUGGCGGGCUCUGGGCCAAAGGAGCCUUCCCUCGCGCCCAGCCGGGGCCCCUUGCACGGAGCAGGCGGUGUUCCAGGGGGCCACGUUGCCCGCGGGCUCCAGCCCCGGGGGAGACCCCGGAGACCACGCGGGCCUGGCUGGCGUGCCACAGCCUGCCCGACGUGACCAUCCACCCCCCCUCUGGGCUGCCGGCGACGCCGUCCUGACUGAGCUGUGUACGGCCCGCCGGGCAAGGCUGCAGCCACGCAGACUGGGUGUCCUGCCGCUGUUUCUGGAGGGAACGGGCACUCCCGGGGCUGCCGGGGAGGGACUGGAGGGCCAGCCCGGGCUUCUGCCGCAAGCCACUCCGAGCAAGCUGCCUGCCCCAGCUGUAGCCAUGCUGCCCGCCGCCCCAAGCGGCCCCUCAGCCCCUGCCUUGCCUCAGUCCACAAUGCCGCCCCGACUGGGCCCCGGGCAGUGCAGCCCAGCCUGUGGAGGGCCGGGGCUGUGGCCCCUUGCCUCCCUCAGGCCAGAAGUGGUGGCACCGUUGGGCCCUCCAUCUGGGCAGCUUUCCGCAAGGCCUCUCGCCGCAGCCCGUCGUGGGGCGGGGGAGGCAGCGAGCUCCCGGGCGGCUUUGCUCACACCCGAAGAUGCCGCGGGGAGCGCAAGCCCUCCCCCCAGAGUCCCAGGAACCGAAGGACGGGGGCAGCCAACAGGCAGGUUCCCCGGGGAGGCUGCAGGUCACAGGCAGCUGGAAGCUGAGCUCCAGUGUAUUGGCCAUAGGAUGCAGUGCUUCCGCCACAAGCAGCAGGAGCUCCGGUCCUGCCAGCGACGAGAGCGUAUCCUCUGCAAGUGGCUGGAGAUGAGGACGGGGGCUGAGGAGCCGGCUGAGGAGCAGCAAGUGCGCGAGCAGCUGGAUCGGCUGAAGGUGCAGACCGACUCCCUAAUACACGUGCUGGGAGAAGAGCGGCGGCAGAUGCGGAGCUUCAUCAGCCGUGUCCAGGACAUCCGAGCUGCUCUUGACAUCUAGACGUUCAUGCAGUGGGAGGAUGGGGUUCUUGGGAGGGUGAGGGCAGCCACCUUCUGCAGGUUCGUAAACACUGGCUAAGACUGCAGCCCUACAUAAGUGCAGGAAGACGUCGUAUUGAAUAUGGGGGGAAGGCCUUGCUUCUGCAUAGACAAAUAAAGGAUUGCACUACACAAAUAA